AUGUUAGUAAUCAAUCAGAAACAUACAUCUCUUCUCGGACUUGGAUUAAAUGGAAUGGGAGUCGGAGCGGGGAUUCUCACGGGGAGUUGUUCUCCAAAACUUCCAGUGAACCCGGAACUCUGUCCCGUUGGAGAUGGGAUUCUACUUGGUGUUGGAGGUAGUUCUGGUCUAGAUUCAAGACUUGGAGCAUGUGGAGCUUGGGUUACUGUAGACCAGGAUUCCGAUGAGAAUGGAAUCAACGUGGGGAAUCCAGAUGACGUGGUUGGUAGUGUUGUAGUAGGGACUUCUGGUGUAGGAGUUAUCGUUUCGAAUGAAGAUCUAGAGGCUCCUCCAACUCUAGCGUCUCCAGAGUUUGAGCCUGGAUUCAGAUUCAAAUUUGAAUUUGAAUUUAGUGUCCACGUGGCAUCCACUCUUGUCGGUGGAGCAGGUUGGUCUUGUUUCUCGAAUGAUGUUAUAGUUGAAUCGGGGUCUGAAAUGAAGGAAGCUAUGUUAUGUAGAGGCUAUGUUGGUUAG